AUGGGCCGGUUUUUUCAGCGCUUCUACAACGACGACGAGCCAGUGUACUGUUGUGCAGCUUGUGGCGCGCAUGUCGCGCAGUACAAGGAUUUGCUGUCGACGAAUUUCCGGGGCAGGACAGGCAAUGCGUUGCUCUUCAACCAAGUGAUCAAUGUCACGGCAGGACCUUUGGAAGACAGUGUGAUGACCACAGGCUUGCACACGAUCCGGUGCUUGUUCUGCGUCGUUUGUGAAGAGCGCGUUGGAUGGAAAUAUGAGGUGGCUUUCGAGGAGGAUCAGAAGUACAAGGAAGGCCGCUUUAUCCUCGAAGAAGAGCUGCUUUCAUCCACAGUGCAGGGGAUGAACUGA